GCUCUUAACGCCACCCCAAUUUCUUGUUUUUUUUUUGUCAGCACCCAUCUUUGUUUUGCACGGAACCAGACACCAGGCUGCAUGCGAACCUUAUUUUGUGUUGGACAAACUUGAUCCUGAACUGGACUGUAACUUGUGACAACUGAAAUUGACUAGGCAUCUUUUGUUUCCCUCCAACUGGUUCGCAUCAUGGCCAAUCCAGGCAAAUUCGGCUGAGAGGUUGAUUGCCCGAUUCGACGAUGUGGAAAUUCCUCGUCAGAGGUGUCAGGGAGUCUUUCGGAAGGUGCGGAGAACGAGCUGUAGGGACAGCGUGCGAAGGAAAUGGCUUCGCAAACAACGCCAGACCUGGCAAGGAAGGCCCCAAAAACCAGGAUGCCGGCUCGAAUAAUAAUUCCGACUCGCAGUUCGACGCCGUCGCCGCCGAGAAUGCCCUCUGCUCUCAAAGUCUGCUCAAAGGACUGGGGCUGAGCACGGUUGUGUGGUUCACAAAGUUUGCCCGAGACUGGCACUACCUGAAGGCGCAACGAGCAAACAAUUUCUACCUGCCUGAACUCGACCGUCCGGAGAAGCAGGGUGGCUGUCGCUACAAGUGUCUCUUGCAAAUUUUGGCUGGAAUUGCCAAAGCUCAGCCCAAAGGUCCGCAGGAUGCAGGCAAGGACGCCAGUUUGGAGUCUCUGGAGAGUUCGAUCCUGUCCAGUGUCGUGGCUGACGAGCAAAUCAGCUCCGUCAACAACAAGGAGCUGAUGGAAGCUACGAAUGGACUGGGAGAAAUAAGCAGCAACAUCGAGAAUGUGCUCGGCGUUUAUUACUACGACCACUACCAACCUGAGAGGGCCUUGAAGAACUUCAAAAGGGCUUGGUCGAGGGGAAACGUCAAAGCGUGCUACAACUUGGGUCUUUGCUAUGAAUUGGGAGUUGGAACUGAACCCAAUCCUGGAAAGGCCGUUGAGUAUUACCAGAAAGCUUCGAACUUGGGCCACGUCCAGGCCGUGUACAACCUCGGGGUCUAUUACGCCCAAGGCAGGGGUGGUUUGCCGAGAGACCCGAUUCGUGCGCGGCAGCUGUUCAACGAGGCGGCCAACAAAGGCCUCAUCCAAGCCAAGGCCGCCAUCAACGAGUUGUCCUGCCCUGCCGAGACCCGUCUCGAAAGUCACCCAGCAACGAGCCUUCAACCCGUGACUGUCGGCACCUAGCAUCGUAGCGUUUUUAGAUUUAGAAUUAUUUUGUACUUCAGAGUGCCAUGGACUGUGACUUAGGGAUUUUGAUCUGAAUAUUUUGUGACGAAAACUAUUAUUAUACUGAUCGGUGAAUUUUUUAUAAAAAAGAAAGAAAAUUAUUCCCCUUUACUUGGUCAGUAUUUUCCUUUUAUUUUACAUAAUUUAACUUUAAUUUUAAACCGCGUAUUAUUUUAAGACAAAGCUCAGAAUCCCUACAAACCCUUUCAAAUGAGUUGUUUCAUUUUGUGAUGCAGAUUUUGUUCAUUGAAACAUUGUAUAUUUUUCUUGCUCGCCAACAACUGCCAAAAAAACACACUAUCAUUUCAUCGAUUUGAGCUGUUAGACAGCAAAUUGUUAAACCGAUCAUGAAAAAAAUGUGUAUUAAAUUUGCCCCGUUGCCAAAAGCAAUGUAUUGAAUCCUAUGGAAUUGGAAAAUUCUUGUAAUUUUCAAUAAAAAUUAUAAAAUUUUG